AAUGCUGGACACCCACAGAAAACAAGGGAGUCUACGACAAGAACCAGCUCCAAAGCUCCCAAUUCCUCCUCCUCCUUCUUCCCACUGUCUCCUCAUCUUGGAACAACCAGAUGUCAGAAACUGAGCUGGAAAAGAUAAAAAUCAGAGCAGCAGAGAAUUUUGAAAAUGAUAAAAAUAAUAUUUCUUGGUUGAAUGAAGAAUUAUCCAGUUCAAGCCAAAAUCCCCUUGAAGAUCCUGAUACUCAACUCACAAAUGAAAAGGGCUCAGAUGAGAAAUCUGUUAAGGGCAUCGUUAUAAAUUCAGUAUCCGAAUUCAAUAUUGCCGACGCGCCAUCCAACGAAGCCCCCAAUGAGAAAAAACUGUCAGCCUCCAGCACAUCACUAUCUUCUCCUGAAGAGUGCCAAACCAAAUUCUCAUACCUCCAAAACGACACAUCAUUUCAUCAGAGAGACAGUGAUGAUGAAUGUGCCUCACUUAUCCUCACCUGUCUGUUUUGCCAGUUUUUGGAUUGUCUUCUAAUGCUGCCUGAUACUUGUGAAACUGUGUGCAUAAAUACAUGCUGCCCAUCACAUCGAUACCAUCAUGCCUCCAAUGAGAAUCACCCUAGAAAUGACUGUAAUUGCAACUGUGAUGUUGACUGCAGCCUGUUUGAAUCUUGCCAUGAGACAAGCGAAUGCUUAGAGCUGGCCAUGGAGAUUUCAGAAAUCUGUUACCGCUAACAUAAGAAAGCACCAGAUCCCCUAAAAAAAAAAAACUCUUUGAUUUCCUAGAAAUUUCCCAUAUGACCAGGAUGUGAGGUCUAUUUGUUAUAAACAUCUUGGACUCUGUAUAUCACAUUAUCUUGCAUCCAUUUGGGAAGAAUUGCAUUCUGCACGAAAGGUCCUUGUUCACCAUUUCACAACUGCACGACACUGACAAAUAAAAUCUUUAAUCAUAGAUGAAACACAAAUCCAAAACAACCAACACAAAAUGUUUUCACUGCAUUCCUGCUUCCCAGCUGGCAUGCUAAUCCCCUCUUUCUGUGACUACAUUCACCAGCUUGCACCAUGGAUUCAGCCCUAUUCCCAAAUUCAGGGCGAACUGGGGCACUCUUUUAGGACCGACAUCCAUACAUUAGCUCCUCUUCUUAAUAGACUCAUACAUAAACAUCAUGCUUUGUUGGUUACUAUUAAUAAUGGAUGAUAGAACAUCAUUUUAUAAUUAAAAAUUUAUUUAUACAAUCCCUUAAAACUCACUUAUAUGUUCAGUUUAGGUAGAAAAGGGAAUUAAAUGAUUAGGAACCAUGUUGCUGUAAUUACAGCCGAUGUCUCUGAAACAUCUCUGGUGGAUUUGGAGUCUGAUGUGCUUUGGCGGAGAGCUGUAAUUCUAGACCAUAUUAAUCUGUGUCUAUGAUUAUGCCAUAACAGGUUAUGUCUAUUUUUAAUUUGUUACAGGAAGGUUCUCCUUAGUUCUAAUGAGCAUUAAUGGGAACUCUGUGCAUGUUUCAGGAGGAGAAUGACCUCGGCUGAUCAAUUGCUUCUUUUCCUGAUUUCUGUUCAUAGGGUAAACAGGAGAUUACAAAAGAAACUACAGUUUUCCUAACUUGAAUUUCUACAAGCACUAAAAAGACAUAAAAAUACGGCUACCAAUUCAGCAUGGAGCUCUUAAUGCAGCAUGCCAUUCAGAUACUAUGGAUGUUUUAUCCUCUCCUGAUAAAGUUUGUAAUUAUUAAUAUUAAUAAAAAUUUUGACCACCAUAACAUACUUGUAUAAUAACAAAGGACACAAUAUGAAACAGAAAAUGAUUUCUUAGCUCAAAGCAGAGAAAAGAAAACACAAAAUAUCCUUUGAAAAUCUUUCUUGGGUAUAGCUAUUCUGGAAUGUACCUCAAUUUCAGAAGACUCUAUUCUGUUGUCUUUAGGCAAACAAUGCUCAUAAAUUUGUUCUUGUGAUUUUCCACCUGCCCUGUAAUUACUGCCCCUUUUCUCACCAGGAACCUCCUCCAGGCACCAGUCUCCAAAGAAUCUACCCACACCCCAAAUUUUCCAUGUCCUUCCUCUCCCUUCCAGUGGAAUUUUGGCUCUGCCCUGGGGUUAGGCUGUUCUCAUUAAUGGGUUAGUCAAUGAAAAUUCACUUUCAUUCGCUAUCUAGUUAGUCCCAGAUCAUACCAAACCAUCCAGUCAUCCACUAGGAUACCAGGGCCUAUUUACUAUGGGUACCAUAACAUAUGCCCUGCUGACCCCUUCUAGCCAUUACGUUUCCCAUCUCCCCCACUUCUUGGUCUUGCUCUGAGAAUAGCAAUCAAAUAUCCCUUGCUAUUAGACAAGGUACAGCAAUCUAUGUCUGCAAUCAUAAUAUGGCUUGCCUACACCAAAACUCUUCUCCCUAGCGAACUACUCCUUCAUAU